AUGGCUCUCGCACCGACUUACGCUGCCCACCGCCUGCUGCCUGCCGCUGCUGGCGCGCAUACGCUCGAGGUGUUUCUUGACUAUACCUGUCCGUUCUCGGCCAAGAUCUGGCGCAGGCUGACCAAGGACGUUAUCCCGUAUCUUGCCUCCGCUGAGCCCAAGGUCGCAGUGGUGUUCCGGCACCAGGUGCAGCCAUGGCACCCAGCCUCAACGCUGCUGCACGAGGCAAGCCUGGCGGUCGAGAAGAUCAACCCCUCGGCCUUUUCGCUCUACUCGACCGCGCUCUUUGAGCACCAGCACGAGUUCUUCGAUGAGGCUACUCUUGCUGCCAGCGUCAACGCCGUCGAUGACACGUUGGCGGUGCUGCAGCUGCUUGACAUCCAGGCCGGCGAGCCCAAGAAUGGGGGCAACGCCGUAACCAACGACCUAAAGUACCACAUAAAGCUGGCCCGGGCGCAGGGAAUCCACGUCUCGCCCACUGUGGUGUUUGACGGGAUCCGCGACGACGGCGUGUCCAGCUCGUGGACCCUGGAGCAGUGGAAGGCCUGGCUUGCGCCUAGGCUCUGA